UCCCUGGACUGGACUGGUUCAAAACUAACGAUAAGUUAUACAACAAUAGGAGGUACAGUGGAAAUGGUACUAAGGGUCAAAGGUCAUUCCGGUAGUCUUGUGAUCCGUUAACCAUUAACCAUUAUACUUGUUCUGGUCACAGAAAGACAGAAAAAUGUUUAACUGUUUCCUUUUUUUGACGAAUCAUCAUGCCAGUCUAGAGGCUAAACGUCCUUCCAUGAAUACAGCUAUGGCUUGACUGUGAUUCGAACCCUGAACUCUGUAGUGCCUGAUCGACAUUGCUACAAAACAGACCAACCCAAAAUCUUGCCAUAUGGGUAACGAACAGACGAGACCGGCGGAGGUAACAAGAGAAACGGAUCUACCGACGGACGAACUCCUUACGUGUGGGAUCUGUCUUGAAGAUUUCAAGACGCCGAAGUUGUUACCUUGUGGGCACACCUUUUGUCAGGCUUGCCUGGAGAGUUACGCACGAGGGGCAUCGGACAUGACCUGCCCUGUUUGUCGGCGGCAGGUGGCCAUCCCGCCCGAGGGAGUCGGUGCGCUUCCCGGUAACUUCUGGGUCGGGAACGUACGGGAGUUGUUGAAGGGACAGAGGCGGGAGCGUAGGGUGAAUGCCGGUGGGGCUAGAAGGCUGUGUGUGGUUCAUGGUGACGCCGAGUUUCGCUGUUACUGCAAAGAUUGUAGCCAGCCUGUGUGCGCGGAGUGCAUCGUUGAAUCACACCGAGACCACGACGUGUCGUCCUUGCGAGAAGUGACGGAGGAAAAGUGCGAGGAGGCCGCCGAGCUGCAGAGGAGCGCCCGGCGGAGGGUCGACCGGGUCGUCGAGAAACUCCAAGCCUUCGACGAGUCCAGAAUCGACUGCGAGAGGAAGGAGGAGACGCUGGAGAAAAAGAUCUUAGCCGCGAAAGAGGAGGUCAUAAAGCGGGCAGAGCAAAGUGCGGCUUCCCUUAUCGGCCAGGCCAGAACUGUUUACAAAAAGAGAGUCGAACAAUUGGACGGGAGGGCACAAUUUUUAGAAUCUCACUUGGCCGCCAUGUUGAAAGGACUAGAUGACCUUGACUGCGCGGUCAAUCACGCUGACAUUCCAGGCCUUGAUUCCAAGAUGGAGGCGCUAUCAGAAGUACUUGAACUUGAAGUAGAUACGACUACGCAAGUGCCGGCGAGCCCGCAAGUCGAUUUUGUCCCUCAAAAAGUAGCGGUUAAUCUUGGGAAGGUUGAGGUCAAAGAUCAAGCAGAUGGCGCGAAAGUUGAACGAAGACGUGAGGGUGACGGUCGUCUCAAAGUUGCACCAGCGAUUCCUCCUAAGAAAGUUCCUCAAAAAAUAUCCAAGUAUGGAAGCAAGGGAACGGGUGAGGGUCAUUUCGAAUGUCCUAUCCGGGCCACCGUAUCCAACGACAGGGUGUACAUCCUGGACAAGGCGCUAGGGGGCAGGGUCCAAGCGUUUAAUCUCCAAGAUGGCGACGUCAUCUCCAGUUUCGUGCUCGGUUUCAGCAGCGGUGUCACCUUACUGAGUGGCGGCUUAUUGGUUGAAGCGAGCGGUGACGUGUACGUCGCAUGUAGCGUGACGGGUGCAAAACGGGCCAACGUCUUGUGGUCGCACUCAGGGGAACCAACGAAAGUCGUUCUAAGAAUUGGCUCCGGAAACGACCCCAUAUCUGACGCAGCUUCUUUGCCUGAAGAUAGAAUAGCCUUAGCCCUUAAAGGAAAGGUCUGUAUAAUCGAUAAGACUGGACAGAAACUUUCAGAAUUCUCAACCCAUUCUGAAGGCGUUAUAAAUAUCUGUGUGUACAAAAGCGCCAUUUUGCUGUCUUUACACAAAGAGCAGAAAAUCCGAGUGUACAAACCGUCGGGUGAGCUCCGACACGAGUUCGGAGCAGACGCGCACAUGAGCGCACCCUGUGGACUCACUGUGGAUCUGCAGGGUAGGGUGCUCGUGACUGACGGACCGAGCGGGCGGGUGAGCGUGUUCGACGGGCGGAAGGACGGGGAAUUUCUCCGGUAUGUCGCCUCGCAGGAGGACGGGCUGGGGUACCCCCGGGACGUCGCGUGUACAGGGGACGGUCGCGCUGUUGUGGUGGACUCACAGCACAACUGUGUGUUUAUUUUCAACUACUGA